ACGCGAUGGAUGCACGGCGGUCGCCCAGCGCACACUUGAUGUGAUCCUUUUGCUGCGAGGGAAAAACGCAUGCGAUUGGGGUUUCUUGGGGGCGUCUUGGGCCGCGGCCAACACUGGGAGACCUCCAGUGCAGUCUCUUCGGCACUUUAUCCUAUUCGCCUUUCACCCAUUCCAGCCCUUUCCUGAGCCUCCACUGGCAGUCAUCCCAAUAAUGACAUUCCUCGUCAUCCCUCUUGUCUCUCUCUCCGCCGCGGCCCAUGCAUGCGCGGGCCCGGGCCGCCUGUCGCAUCAAGUGUCGCAUCAGCUGUCGCCACGCCUUGCGUCCCUCAUUCACACACGUGCCGGGCCGUGCAUGGUCCAAUUCACCCAGGAUGCCGUGAUGGGGAAAAACGCAGCGGUCCAGCACACCAAGACCGAAAAGAAAGAAGGACAAGGACAUACAGUUCAGUCAGUCGAGUUCAGCGGCGAUGAACAGGGGUCGUACUAUUACUACGCGACGAAAUACGACAACAAAUUGAGCACUUGCAAGGCGUCUGAGACUUGCGUCAUCACGGAGAUGAAGCUCAGGGACGGCCUCGGCGAGGGCACACGCGCAGCUUCAGCCGAUGAGGCAAAGGAGUGCAAGGGCGGUGCCUACAGGUUCGGCAAGCCCGGCGGGCCCGUCGAGGGAGGCGGUCGGUUCUGCUGGUCUUCCAAAGGAAAAGGAGUGGUAAUAUGCUGAGAUGGUGUACCCAAUCUUGUUGGCGUGCGUGCGUGUGUGUCUCCAUAUGCAUCAGAAACUCACGGCGCCCAAAUCCUUUGAUGACUUCAAGUGGACCGAGGGUGAGCUGCAUGCCAGCACCGCGACCCCCAAGAAAUCGGGACGCAACUACUUUGUCCUGCCGGGCGCCGGGCAAUGGGCCACACACUUCGGAACAACUGCCGCGAAGUAAGUGAAUGAUGCAUGUAUGCAUGGUGGGCGGGUGGGUGGGUGGGUAUUGUGUUCGUGCAUGACAUGAUGGAUGCACUUGUCUUGUGUGUGUGUCUCCCAUUCAGAUGACAAAACUUGAACGAGAAGGAGUGACGAGAAGCCCCAGCUGACCCACAAGCUCGAAGGAGGGGGGAGAGAGAGAGAGAGAGAGAGAGAGGGGAAAGAAAGAGAGAGAGAGAGAGAGAGAGAGGGGUCGAGAGCGCGUCCGUAUGGUGAGCGUGCAUGUAUGUGUGUGUGUGUAUCGGUGGGAACAUUCAGUCAGGGGGAAUCCGACAAAACCUUUGGAUGUACGCGAACGCAUGCAGCGAGCAGCUGUGUCACCACGUGCACACAUUAAGAGAGAAAGAGAUACGGGCGGACGGAGACAAGGAUGGAAUAAAUGCGGGCAAGACACCCACCCGUAUGGACGCAC